CGACGGCGCUGUGGCAGGGUCUAUGGCCGAGGCGGUGAGGCCCCAACGCCGGGCCAAGGCCAAGGCCAAGGCCAGCCGGACUAAAACCAAGGUUAAAUGCUGCCCCUGGAUGGCUGGACCUAGAUUAUUCUGGCUUACCUGGAACUGAUACAUUAAGUGGAAAUUUCCUUUCCAACAAGUGGGUGAUGUUACAGAGCAAGUGUAACUUAAAAAUGGUACCCAAAUCUGAUUUUCUCGUGGGCACAAAGUUUUGACUGGAGACAGGAAAAGAAGAAAUCUGAAACCCUUCAGAGGGAAGAACCUGAUGAAGUCUCCCUUCCAGAAACCUCCAGAGAGCUGGAAAUCCCUACUCCAGCUUGUGAAUUCAAAGGAGACUGUCUGAAAGUGUUAACUGAGUCCCAACUCCAGAAUGCUGCCGGUGGACAAAACGAGAGUGAAAUGUUUGAUGUACCACUCACCUCCUUAACUAUAAGCAAUGAAGGGUCCCUGACAUGGAACACAGAGACCCAAAAGGAAGGGGGGGCAGAGGUCAGAGCCUGUGUUGGGGACGAUGCAGUGAAGCUGAAGGUCGAUCCUGGAGACAGUGUUGGAACCAAAGUAGAAACCCCCAAGAACUUUACAGAAGUAGAGGAAAAUAAAUUGGUACAGUGUGGACCUUCUGGAAGCACCUUGCAAUCUAAUUUUUCUUCUACUCAGCAGGAAAUGGAAAAUUUACAGGUCAGAGAAACUCAGAAAAAGAAAGAGAACAAGCAAGCCUUGGGUCUUUCUUCAGAGGUGCUACAGAAUGUUGGCUUGCAGAGUUCUUGUGAAGCCAAAGACAUUUUUCAGCCACCUAGAGUGAAAAAACUGUAUCCUCAGUUGCCAGCUGAAAUUGCUGGAGAAGUGCCAGCUUUGGUGGCAGCGAAACCCUUGUUUCGUAAUGAGCGACUCUACCCAGAGCUCCCAUCUCAACCAGAACUAGUACCAUUUACUAAAGAACAGCUCAAAAUCUUUGAGCCUGGUUCAUGGCUGGAAAACGUUGAGUCUUAUUUAGAAGAAUUUGACAGCAUGGCCCAUCAGGACAGGCACGAAUUUUACGAGUUGCUUUUGAACUACUCGCGAUGUCGGAAGCAGCUGCUGCUGGCUGAAGCUGAGCUGCUUGCUCUGACGUCUGAUUGCCAAAAUGCGAAAAGUCGACUGUGGCACUUUAAGGACGAACAGUUGUCUGUGCAGGGUAUCUGUGCAGAUCAAGUGAAAGUUUCAGGCUAUCACCGCUACCAAAGAGUAGAGAUGAAUGAAAAUGCACUGGGGGAGCUAAAGAAGCUAUUUGAUGCCAAAUCUGAGCACCUCCACCAGACCCUCGCUCUGCAUUCGUACACCUCUGUGCUCUCAAAGUUGCAAGUGGAGUCUUACAUUUAUGCCUUACUCAGUAGUUCAGCUCUUCUGAGAUCUUUAGCAAUUCAAGGCCGAGCUUGUAAACAGACAGAAAGCUUUCCCUCUGACCUGUGUCUUCUAAAGGAGUGCAUCAGUGUCUUAUUCAUGUUCACCAGGAGGGUUAAUGAAGAUACUCAGUUCCAUGAUGAUAUUCUUCUCUGGCUGCAGAAAUUGGUGUCAGUGUUACAAAGAGUUGGCUGUCCUGGAGAUCACUUCUUCCUUUUAAACCAUAUUCUUCGAUGCCCAGCUGGUGUUAGUAAAUGGGCUGUUCCUUUCAUCCAGAUCAAAGUGUUGAAUAACCCAUCAGGGGUCUUUCAUUUUAUGCAGUCCCUUGCCCUGCUAAUGUCUCCUGUCAAAAACCGAGCGGAGUUCCUGUGCCACAUGAAGCCCAGCGAGCUGAAGCCGCCCUCCUCGGGGCCUGCGUCGGGGACGUGGACGCUAGUCGAUGAAGGAGGAGAAGAGGAUGAAGACCCCGAGACCAGUUGGCUUCUCCUUAAUGAAGAUGACUUGGUUAUCCUUUUAUCCCAGUUUCCGUUCCAUGAACUCUUUCAACAUCUUCUUGGGUUUAAAGCAAAAGGUGAUUAUUCACCUGAAACAACAAGACCUCAAGAGAUGAUGAAAAUUUUUGCCUUUGCGAACUCACUGGUGGAGCUUCUGGCUGUGGGGUUAGAAACCUUUAAUAGGGCACGCUACAGGCAGUUUGUGAAGCGGAUUGGUUAUAUGAUCAGGAUGACCCUUGGUUAUGUGAGCGACCAUUGGGCACAGUUUGUGAGCCACAGCCGAGGCGUGGCUCUGGCCCAGCAGCCCUACUCCGUGGAGAAACUACAGGUUGAAUUUGAUGAGCUGUUUUUGAGAGCUGUCCUACAUGUGCUGAAAGCCAAAAGACUUGGCAUUUGGCUGUUUAUGUCGGAAAUGCCCUUUGGGACGCUGUCGGUUCAGAUGCUCUGGAAGCUCUUCUACCUCAUGCACCAGGUGGAGAGUGGGGAUCUGGAGGAGCUCUGCGCCACGCUCCCGCCGGCCGAGUGCAAGAAGCAGCUCCAAGACCCAGAACACUUUGUGAACUUUGAGAAGUGUCUUUCUUCCAUGAAUAGCUCGGAAGAGAUUUGCCUUCUGACUACAUUUGCUCAGAUGGCUCAGGCCAGAAGAACCAAUGUGGAUGAAGACUUCAUAAAAAUUAUUGUUCUGGAGAUAUAUGAGGUAUCUUAUGUCACCCUGUCCACCAGAGAGACUUUUUCAAAGGUUGGUCGAGAGCUCUUAGGGGCCAUUACAGCUGUUCACCCUGAGAUCAUUUCUAUCCUUUUGGAUCGAGUUCAAGACACCAUUGACCAGGUGGGAAUGGUUUCUUUAUACUUGUUCAAAGAACUGCCUUUGUAUCUCUGGCGACCAUCUGCCUCUGAGAUAGCUGUGAUUCGGGAUUGGUUAUUGAAUUAUAACCUGACAAUGGUGAAGAAUAAAUUGGCCUGCGUUAUUCUAGAAGGACUGAAUUGGGGAUUUGGUGAACAGGGUACCCUUCAUCUGGAUGAAGCAGUUCAUGCCGAAGUGGCUUUAAUGAUUCUUGAAGCGUACCAGAAAUACCUUGCACAGAAGCCGUACGCCGGGCUUCUUUCUGAAAGUAUGAAGCAGGUUUCAUAUUUGGCCAGCAUUGUUCGAUAUGGAGAGACACCUGAGACCUCAUUUAACCAGUGGGCCUGGAACUUGAUCUUGAGGUUAAAACUGCACAAAAAUGAUUAUGGAAUACAGCAGAAUUGUCCAACUGUUCCCUUCUCCAGCACUGUGCCUGACAUGACAGAGUCACCCACGUUUCAUCCUCUCUUGAAGGCUGUUAAGGCGGGCAUGCCCAUCGGCUGUUAUCUGGCCUUAGCAAUGACCUCCGUGGGCCACAGCAUUGAGAAGUUCUGUGCAGAAGGCAUCUCACUGUUGGGAAUUCUGGUCCAGUCGAGGCAUUUGAGAACAGUGGUUCAUGUCCUGGAUAAGAUCCUGCCUUUGUUCUACCCUUGCCAGUAUUACCUUCUGAAGAAUGAGCAGUUUCUGUCACACCUCCUCCUGUUCCUACACUUGGACAGUGGUGUCCCUCAGGGUGUUACACAGCAGGUCACCCACAAGGUGGCACAGCACCUGACAGGAGCCAGCCACGGGGACAACGUGAAGCUUCUCAACAGCAUGAUCCAGGCCCACAUAUCUAUAAGCACUCAGCCCAAUGAAGUGGGCCCUGUUGCUGUGUUGGAGUUCUGGGUUCAGGCGCUAAUAAGCCAGCAUCUUUGGUACCGAGAACAAGCCAUCCUCUUCCUCAUGGACCACUUGUGUAAAACAGCUUUUCAGCUGAUGCAGGAAGACUGCGUGCAGAAAUUGCUCUACCAACAACAUAAGAAUGCUUUGGGUUACCACUGUGAUCGGAGUCUGCUCUGUUCUCUGGUGAGCUGGAUCGUGGCUGGCAACAUCACCCCUUCCUUCGUGGAGGGCUUGGCCACGCCCACUCAGGUCUGGUUCGCCUGGACAGUGCUGAACGUGGAAUCCAUCUUUGAAGAAGACUCCCAGCUCCGAAGAGUUGUCGAAGGGGAAUUGGUUAUAAACUCUGCCUUUACCCCUGACCAAGCUCUGAAGAAAGCCCAGGCCCAGCUGAAGCUCCCCAUCGUCCCAUCCCUCCAGAGGCUGCUGAUUUAUCGUUGGGCCCACCAGGCCCUUGUCACGCCUUCUGAUCACCCUCUUCUGCCUCUCAUUUGGCAGAAGUUCUUCCUCCUGUAUCUUCACCGCCCAGGACCGCAAUAUGGGUUACCCAUAGAUGGUUGUAUCGGAAGAAGGUUUUUUCAAAGCCCUGCUCAUAUCAAUUUGUUGAAAGAAAUGAAGAGGCGCCUGACAGAGGUGGCCGACUUCCACCAUGCUGCGAGCAAGGCCCUCCGCGUUCCAGCAGAGGGCAGUGAAGGGCCGCCUGCCAGCCAGGCCUGCAGCCCUGGCUACCUGAUUUCACCAGAGCUGCAUACGGAGCUCGUGAGGCUCUUCAAUGUGUAUAUAUUAUGGCUGGAAGAUGAGAAUUUUCAAAAAGGAGAUACCUAUAUCCCUUCUCUACCAAAGCAUUAUGAUAUUCACAGGCUAGCAAAAGUGAUGCAGAAUCAGCAGGAUCUGUGGAUGGAGUAUUUGAACAUGGAGCGCAUACAUUAUGAGUUCCAGGAAACCAUUGGUCUGUGGACGCAGGCCACACUUGAAUCCCAUUCUCCGCCUUGCAGUUUGUCAGUGCAGCUGGAUGUCACUGAUCCUUUGUUGGCUAAAGAAAGGGUUUUAAGUAACUUGCGGAAGCAUGAGGCUCCCCAGCCUCCCCUUGAUCUGCACCCAGUGAGGCCUCCUGUGUCAGUCAUUUCCUCAGCCGCGCUCCUGAGUCAGAAGGACGCCACCCAGCUGGUGCGCACGGACCUGAACCUGUUGCAGCAGCAGGCCAGAACUGCAGCUCUUCGAGAAUCUCAGCAGGUUGCCCUGGAUAGUGAGCUGCUGGACACAAUGCCCAAACAGUACGUUAAUAGAGAAGAACAGACCACACUACAUCUGGAAUGUAGAGGCAGUAGCGGUAAGAAAUGCCAAGGAGCAGCGGUUGUCACAGUUCAGUUUGAAGGUAUGCAUAAGAAUGAAGCAAUAAGCCAGCAGCUUCAUGUUCUGCGAAAAGAAGUGAAGCAGUUGCAGGCCGAAGCUGCUAAACCACCGUCACUUAAUAUCGUGGAAGCUGCUGUCCAUGCAGAAAACUUGAUUACGGCCUUAGUGAAUGCCUACAAGCUGCAGCCUACCCCUGGGGGUCAGAAGGUCGGCAUUAGCCUCUUCUUCACCGUUGUGGAUUAUGUCAGCGAUGAGACUCAGCGUCAUCCUCCCACAAGGCAGUUCUUUACAUCAUGCAUUGAGAUCUUGGGACAGGUGUUCAUCAGCGGCACUAAGUCAGAAUGCAGGAAAGUACUGGAGACCAUUCUGAAGAAUAGAAGGCUCUGCUCUCUCCUGUCUCCUUUCUUCACUCCCAAUGCUGCACCCGCGGAGUUCAUUCAGCUCUAUGAGAAAGUGGUGAAGUUUCUAAGUGAGGACAACAGCGAUAUGAUUUUCAUGCUGCUGACUAAGUUCGAUCUUAAGCAAUGGUUAAACGCCACUAAACCUCCUCUGUCUGAUCGUACCAGGCUCCUGGAGUCCAUCCAUUUGGCACUUACUGCCUGGGGCCUUGAACCAGACGAAGAUAUUUUGAUGCCGUUUAAUCUUUUCUGUAAGCACUGGACUUACCUUCUUCUCUACCAGUUCCCUGACCAGUACAGUGACAUUCUCAGGCUGCUGAUGCAAAGCUCUGCUGAGCAGCUGCUGAGCCCCGAGUGUUGGAAAGCCACUCUGAGAGCCCUGGGCUGCUGUGCACCAAACUGCCAGCAGGGGGCAGCUUCUGCAGAGAGCUCGGUGCUUCAACGCUCUCCCAAUGUUCUCUUAUCUGACAAGCAGGUAGUGGAGACUAUACAGUGGCUUUCAAACUUUUUUUCUAAGCUUCGGUUAUCCACAUUGGACUUUAAAAGCUUUGGUUUAUUCUCAAAAUGGAGUCCUUACAUGGCUGAUAUGAAAAUAUUCUUGGGAUAUCUUGUAAAACGGCUGCUUGACUCAGAAAUGGCCUGCUUGGCUCAGGACCCAUCUGCCAAGAGCAAAACAGUACUGAGAUCCCUACAUUCAGUAAUCAUCCAGCUCUUUAAGCCAUGGAUCUUCGUUUUAGAGGACAAUGAAAGCAGCCAACGACAUUACCCCUGGCUGGAGAGUGAUGCUGUGGUGGCCUUAAGCAUUGUGCAGUUGUUCACGGACUGUAUUGACUCCUUGCACGAGAAUUUUAAAGAUAAGCUGCUGCCAGGUGAGGAAGGAGCCCUUCGGCUACACCUGAUGCAUUAUUGCGAAGCGUGCACGGCACCUAGAAUGCCCGAGUUCAUUCUGUACGCCUUCCAUAGCGCCUACCGGAGACUGCCGUGGAGGGACCUGCACCCCGACCAGAUGCUCAUGGAGGCCUUUUUCAAAGUGGAACGAGGAAGCCCCAAGAGCUGCUUCUUAUUUUUAGGGUCUGUCCUGUGUGAAGUCAACUGGGUCAGUGUGCUCUCUGAUGCCUGGAGCCCCAGCCCCCGCCCAGAGACCCGGGGCAUGAUUGUCUGCCUCCUUUUCAUGAUGAUUUUAUUGGCAAAGGAAGAUCAGCUGGUAGACCAAGCAGAUUCACCUCUCCUGAACCUCCUUGGACAAACAAGCUCACUCUCGUGGCAUCUUGUGGAUACCGUGUCCUACCAGAGCGUGCUCAGUUAUUUCAGCAGCCAUUACCAGCCAGCCAUCAUCCUGGCAAAGGAAUCUUCUGCGGAAUUAAUCAUGAAGCUCCUACGAGUGUCUGCCGGCCUUUCCAUUCCUACUGACAGCCAGAAACAUCUUGAUGCAGUUCCAAAGUGCCGAGCCUUCACUCAUCAGAUGGUUCAGUUCCUCAGCUCCCUGGAACAAAAUGGAAAAAUCACCUUAGCAGUCCUAGAAAAGGAGAUGUCUAAGCUCUUGGAUGAUAUCAUCGUCUUUAACCCACCUGACAUGGACAGCCAGACCCGCCACAUGGCCCUCAGCAGUCUCUUUAUGGAAGUCUUAAUGAUGAUGAACAAUGCGACUAUUCCCACGGCAGAGUUCCUCCGGGGCAGUGUCCGGACCUGGAUUGGGCAGAAAGUGCACGGGCUGGUGGUCCUGCCCCUCUUAACAGCAGCCUGUCAGAGCCUGGCUUCCGUCCGCCACAUGGCUGAGACCACGGAAGCCUGCAUCACUGCCUACUUCAAAGAAGGUUCCCUCAAUCAGAAUUUUGGAUGGGGCCCCAUUCUGGUGUCCCUUCAAGUUCCUGAGCUCACCAUAGAAGAAUUUCUGCAGGAGUGCCUGGCCCUCGGCAGUUACCUGACUCUCUAUGUCUACUUGCUUCAGUGUCUAAAUAGCGAACAGACUCUCAGGAACGAAAUGAAAGUGCUGCUCAUCUUAAGCAAGUGGUUGGAACAGGUGUAUCCCAGCUCCGCACAGGAAGAGGCCAAGCUGUUUUUGUGGUGGCACCAGGCCCUGCACCUGUCCCUGAUGCAGACGGAGCAGAGGGACUCGGUCUUGAUAGAAUCUGUUGUUCGAAUUCUGCUCAUGCUUCAGGGCAGGCUGAGCCUGCUGGCCGAGGAGAGGCUCAGCUCUGGAAUUCUGGGGGCAAUUGGGCUGGGCCGGAAGUCGCCCCUGUCGAACAGGUUCCGCGUGGUCGCUCGAGGCAUGGCCGCCUUCCUUUCAGUUCAGGUUCCUUCCGAGGAUCAGAUCCGUUUGAAGCCUGGCACGGAAUUACAUCUGACCCCAAAAGCUCAGCAGGCUCUGACUGCUCUUGAAUCCUUGACAUCAAGUAAGCAGUAUGUUGAAUACCAGGAUCAGAUAUCACAAGCUGCACAAUUUAUCAAGCAUCCUGGCCAUUGCCUCCAAGAUGGGAAAAGCUUCCUGGCUCUUCUUGUUAACUGUCUCUAUCCAGAAGUGCAUUAUUUGGACAACAUACGAUAGUAACACUGAGUAUGUCAAGAAACGCUGUUGCCGUUUAUGUUUACAUAUAACUUUGCUGUUGCACAAGUAACUUCAAGGCUCAGUCUCACUGCAGAGCUCGGUUUGGCCAAUGAGUUAGUUGACUGAGAUGUAAGUCGGGAGGCACUAGAUAGUUCUGUUGUGCAUGUGCACAUGCAUGUGUGUGUGUGUGUUCUCAGUUCUUGAAACUUCCCGGGGCCUUUUUAGUUUCUAUGUUCACCCAACAGGAGAAACUUAGGGUCGCACUUGGACACAGAACCACUCUCAGCUGUUGGGUCCCCAGUCACCUCAUAGGACCCUGCGCGGGGCUCUUUUUGGGUCUCCAUAUCUGUCUUCCCUGUUUUAUUUAAAUCUCAAGACUGCUGUGCCAGAUCUAACUGCUUUGGGAAUCAUGUAGAACCCUCACUUUUGAACCCCAUUUGUGUUCCUUCAAGGUAAAAGAAGCUUGGAAAAUUUCUGCAUUUCUCACAUGUGGGGAAAUACACCAGCUUAAAAGUAUCACUUCCUUCAGAAUGGAGAUAAGAAUGCUGAAUUAAAGUGAGUCAUUGUCUAAAAUGUGGCCACUUGAUCCUGAUUGUAGUGGACAGCAGAGAUGGUGACAAAUCCAUUUCCGUCCAGCUGUGGUCCUCAUGGAGAAGGAACGCCCCUGUCAACUGAGGUGGCACGCUGGUGGCGUGUGAUGAGCACACUGCCCAGGCGUGUUUUGUGUGACCCCCAUGGUGGAGAGUAUGGUCACUGUAGACAUAAUCCCUGUGGAACCUACCCUGGCCCAUUCCCUCAUUCGCGUCACUUCCUCCGUCCCUGGAGACAUCAGAGUUCACAACUCUUUUUAGACACCAGGCUUGAAAUCGGAAGGCCUUGCUGUCUAGAGAUACAGAGUCUGAGAACUUGAUGCUCUGGUCCCUGCGUGUUUCUUCAUCUGCAUUUAAACUCAGAUGAAGUUAGCACACUUGCUAAAGCACUUGUCCGUGGAAACUUGGCUUUUCCCUUUAGCCCUGUGCCUUCUGUUGGUAACAGUUCACUCAUUACCAGUGCCUGUCUGUAGUGUGCGCCAGCUUCUUGCUCUCAUCAUAUCCCCCCUGGAAUGAACAGUUUGGCUUUUGUCUUCCUAAUUCUCUUGGCUCAGAAUUGAUUUUGUUUGUUCAGCUUGCAUAAUAUGUCUUCUGUUCAUGAGUUACUUAUAACCCAAGGAUAUUUACCUAAAAAUAUCUGAACUGAGAGCUCUUAGCAGGGGGUAGGGAUCUAGGUUAACGGAGUGAAAAUCUGCUUUCACAUAUCCUUAUAGAGCGCCUCCCCCAACAUGUGGACGUUGUGCGGGAGCUGCUCUUCAUUUCAAACUUCUCUCGUUGGACUGAACACUUCUGCCUCACAGAUAGAGGUCAUCCCCGUGCAGCCUCCAAGUCUGUGUAGGUCACGAGGUGGCCAUCUCAGAGGGGCGCGUCGCAGAGCUUCCCUGUGCUGUGUAAGAAAGCGUUAGAAGCUGUGAGCAGUUCGGUAGCCGAUUUGGCAACAAAGAUUUUAUGACAGGAGGGGUUUUGUGUGCUGUUUUCUCUGAGGAAGCUGUAAUUAUUGAUAUCCUAGAAUGUGAAAUUUUUGAGUGACAGUAUGUACAUUUUAAAGAAAAUUAUGAUUAACCUAUUAAUUUUCAAAGGUUUGUAAUAUUUAUAAUGUGUUUGGUCUGUAAAAAUUAUAAAAAAUAAAAUGAAUCUUUGGUUGUAGCUGGCAAGAAUAUGAAUUUUAGGGAUCUCACAGUAUCUUGUCAAGUAUUUCAGUUAAAGUUGAUGCAGACGUUUAUGCUUGAUGCCCUCUAUUUUAUUUGACACUGGAACUUGAUUAUCAGAGAUGGUCAGUGAACGUGCUUCCUCUCUGGCUCCCUCGGACUUAGCAACAGUGGAAGCUCGGCUCACCGCGUAGCCUCGGAGCGCCUCUGGGCCAAGAAAGUGCUUUAAAGACAGUGAGAUAGUUCAGAAGGUGGCAGUGCUGCUGUAGCCUCCUGGGGCAGAAGAGACUGGCCUCCCCGUUGGCUUUCAGCAGUAAUGCGCCUUGGCUGCCAAAAGUAGUCGGGCAUGCCUGCGGAGCGCACAGGGCCCGUUUCCAAGACCGUUACCGUGUGGCUGUGUGGAUCCGGCUGGACCCGGGCCGCCCGCCCCAGGCAGUGCUGGAGGCGAGCUAGCCCACACGUUCCCGCAUGUGCCAUAGGUGGCACCUGCUUCGGACUGGGAUGUCUGGCAGCUUCCUGGUCGAUGACAAGCUCCUCCCCUGUGCUGCUCCCGUCUCCCCGCCACUCUGCAGCACAUGGAGGAUGGUCGGAGAGGCACCGUCUGUCUCCCCCCUCUCCUGGCUCCUGUGCCUGACUGUGACAGGUGAACACGGCGGAAAGCUGGGGGGCGCAGACGCCGAGGACAGAGGUUGUGCGGAUGUGAGUGCUCAGCCUGAUGGGGGAGCUAGGACCCACCCGGCAUGUUCCCAGAGCUCCUAGGCACGCAGAGAACCUCAUGAUCUUUGGGGGCUCAGUCACAUCUUCCUGGGGUUGCCGGAGUCACUCAGUUCUGAGGCGGGGGCAAGCUUAUCCAGAAAAUGCAAACCCCCAGCGUAGCCUAACCUCGCUUUAACCAAGUGCCAACCCCAUUCCUCCCGAUCGGUUACUAAAGUCAGUAUGUCCACGUUGUACAAGGUAGAGUGUCCAUGCCCUUUCUUCCUUUUGAAUGAAGGUGAUACAUAGUUUUCUACUGGGUUUUUAACACGAAGAUUAAUGAUUUCUUCUGGAGCAGGAAGCAAAUGCUAUAGAAUCGUGACUUUUAAAGUCAGCAGGGACAUUACAGUUCAUGUGGUCCCACUUCUCAUUCAGCAGGGAUCCCCAGCCCUGCUCUUCCAGCCUCCCCUCCUGACCCCCUCCUGCUUCUCCUCUGCCCUUCCCUCCUCCCCCAGGCCAGAAGUCCCACCCGUCGUGGGCAAGCCCAGGUGGCCAGUGGCCAGCUCUCUGUAGUUCUGCUUUAUGUCGUGCAAAAACUGGCCUGAUAACAUUGGUAAUUGGCGGGAGGAGGCCAGGCCGGGGCUGCUCUUCUUCUCCUCAGACAAAUCUGUCAACAUUUCCAGACCUCAUCACACCUCUUAGUCCACCUCUUAGUCUUCAGGCUAAAUGCUUAGUGCCUUCAGUUGGCCCUCUUUCCCCCAGUGUCUAACAGGGCUGCUUUUGGGGAAAAGUGCCCAAGUUAGCCCAUGGUACUCCAAAACGGCUGUGUCCGUGAGUAGCCAGGCCGGGACUCGGGAGACGAAUGAGGCUCCAAGGGCACAAACUGGAGGCAGCCCUCACCUGCAGGCCUCUGGAGAGUGUGUUUCCUUCCGCUCGGUGCCCUCUGCCUGGCCCCUGGCCUGGGGUCAGUCACAGCAUCGAGGGCCAGACAGCCAAGUCCACUCACCAGGACCCGUGGACGGCAUCGGCUCUCAGCAGCUGUGCCCAUGGUUGGCACAUUCAGUUAGUGAAUUCAAACUCCAGACCUUGCUUUAACAUCAGUUCCUGCCACAGACUGGUCUCCUCGCCUGUCUACAUGAUGGGCUUAUAACAAGACUUUGCACCUAUCCUUUAAAACUGCUCACUUUGGACCAACUUUAUGGCUUAUUUUGAGGUAGUAGUUGAAUUUUUUUCUGCUCAGUUAACUUUGUCUAAUUAAACAAAAUGGAGAGUAUAAUGUUGGAAACAAACAUGUUGCUUUUUUUUUUUUUUAACUAUCUUCGUACUGAUCUUCCGUUUGAAUCUGGAUUGAGCUGGAUCAAGUUCUUGGCUUACAGCCAGGCGCUCAUACUGACCUUGUUCUGUCCGUGGUGACCCUCACACUUCAUAGACCCACCACGUGUCCUGGAGAAGCUAUAGUUGAUGCUUCCUCUAGUCUGGAUAGGUUUCUGAUUUCUGAUGACAAUAACUUGAAAAAAGCAAAAUUAAACUACUGACCCCGUUUUGGGAUAAUGAGAUCACUUAAGGAAUGAAUGUUGUUUAUUGUAACUUUUAUUUUUUAAUGUACAGAUGUAAUAUGUCUCAUUGAGCACUGAAGGUUAGAAUUUAUUUUUCUUUCAAUGGCUUAAAAUCACUUAUGGGGCAACAAGUACUUCCUAUGUGUGUUUGACCCUUUCCUUCCCACAUGUCUCGUGUGGCCUUUAAAAACCACAACUCAUUUGGUCAUUAAAUGUGCAAUAUUCACUUCUUAUUCAUUGUUCAGCAUUUUACAUUCUUGUACAAAGGAUGAGUUUUUAUAUAAUGAUGAGAAACAGGGAGAAAUGAGAAUUGGUUUAAGUAAAAUUCUGCAAAUAAACCAGAUACAAAUUUAAUUCA